UGUCCUUAUUAGUUAAACGAGUGUGAUUGAUUUCUUUCAACCUAUCCGAACAAGCAUGGGUCAUAUUUACCUGAGGCGAUGAACUUCUCUUUCUCUUCAGGAGUGUAGCCGCACUUGUCUUUGUGGCCAUCUGGUUUCUUCUGAUCGUCAUUAUGCUCUUCAGGCUUCUUUUUGUCGUUAUCCUCGUCUUCCUUCUUGCCAUCGUUCUUGCUGUCAUUCUUUUCGUCAUUCUUUCCAUCGUCCUGGUCGUUCUUCUUAUCAUCAUUCUUAUCAUCAUCUUUACCGUCAUUCUUAGCGUCACUCUUAUCAUUCUUACCGCUAUCCCACUUGUUUUCAGCUUUCUGAUCAUCAUGGUGCUUGUAGGCGUCUUCACCCCAGAGGCCUUCAAUCCAUUUACCUUCUUGAAUGGCUUUCUCGACGCUUGAGUCGUGUUCACCACCACGCUUGACCUCCAUCCUAGCAGUGGCUAAGCCUGCAACAG